GCGCACUCCAGAGCCCAUCGAGCAGCUCAGUCGAUUUCGAUCAGCCUCGCACGAUCCGGCCGGCGCCGAUCACCUGCACCGCAUUGCGAGCUUCUAGCUCCCCAACCCGAGCUCAACAACAACUCCGCAAGCGACCGACCGGACAUGGAGGCCCAGAACCACGAGGUGGCCGCCCUGGUGGAGAAGAUCUCGGGCCUCCACGCCGCCAUCGCCAAGCUUCCGUCGCUGAGCCCGUCCCCGGCCGUCGACGCGCUCUUCACCGCCCUCGUCACGGCCUGCGUCCCGGCGAGCCCCGUGGACGUGUCGAGGCUCGGCCCCGACGCGCAGAAGAUGCGGGAGGAGCUCAUCCGCCUCUGCUCCGACGCCGAGGGCCAGCUGGAGGCCCACUACGCCGACGCGCUCGCCGCCUUCGACAACCCGCUCGACCACCUCGCCCGCUUCCCCUACUACCGCAACUACCUCGACCUGAGCCGGCUCGAGUACGAGCUCCUGGGCCGCUACGUGCCCGUGGCCCCCGCCCGCGUCGCCUUCGUCGGGUCCGGCCCGCUGCCCUUCAGCUCGCUGGUCCUCGCCGCGCGCCACCUCCCCGGCACCCUCUUCGACAACUACGACCGGUGCGCCGCCGCCAACGAGCGCGCCAAGAAGCUUGUCCGCGCCGACGCCGACCUGUCGAAGCGCAUGUCGUUCCGCACGGCCGACGUCGCCGACCUCACGGAGGAGCUCGCCGAGUACGACGUGGUGUUCCUGGCGGCGCUCGUCGGCAUGGCGGCCGAGGACAAGGCGAGGGUGGUGGCGCACCUCGGCCGGCACAUGGCCCCCGGCGCCGCGCUCGUGGUGCGGAGCGCGCACGGGGCGCGCGGGUUCCUGUACCCCGUCGUGGACCCCGAGGACAUCGGCCGCGGCGGGUUCGAGGUGCUUGCGGUGUACCACCCCGACGACGAGGUGAUCAACUCCGUCAUCGUCGCCCGCAAGGCGGCGGACGGGCAGGGGAAGGGCAGCGGCGCUGCACCGGUGGUGAGCCCGCCGUGCAAGUGCUGCAAGAUGGAGGCGGGCGCCGCAACCACCGCCGCGCCACCGCUGCUGAAGAGGGAGGACAUGGCGGCCAGGGAGGAGGUGUCCUUCUGAGGUCUCUCAAGGGACGAUCGAGUUGCCGUAAUCGAUGGUACUUUUCACGUGUUCGUGCAUCGUCCUGUGUCGUCUCUGUCGUGAGUGGCAGCCGUGACGAGCGUUUUACUGUACCGUGUGUGUUGAAACGAUCGGUUAGUACGGUGUGAACAAAGAUUGUACGCGUGUGUGUGAACAAAUAAGAGUAAUUUUGUCUCAGAGAAGGAGAACAAAGAUUGGACUUGGGGCAAGGAUUGCCCGAAACUCUA